AUGGCAUUGACAUGGUCGAACAUGGCGAACAAGACGAUGUUGUUUGAGGUAUCGUGCAGUAGUAGAAAGAGAGACAGUGGUAUCCACCCAUACAAAGUCGUUGAGAUUACUCCUCCACCCAAAUCUCUUGGCGUUCGUUCUCUUCCACCCAACUUGCAGUGUGGGGAGAGUGUCACAAUUGAAGGACAAGCUUAUACUAUAUCAGCUGUAACACUUCGAUAUCAGCUUCGCAAAGGAAAAUACGAACAAACCGAGAAGAGGCUCGAUGUUUUGUCAACAGGAAGAUACUUAGUAAAUUUGUAUUUUGAAAAUUUAUUAGAACAAUCUUGA